GACAUUAUUAAAAAUGAAAGAUUUGCAUUUUUGUGUUUUAUGACUUCAUCGUUGAAAAAAAAGUGGUGAGGAUCUGUAUUUAAAUCAGAUCCGACAUAGAAAUAAUAUCGCAGUCGCUCUACAUCAGUUAUAAGCACAGGCACGAUGAAUUAUUACGCUGCAAAUGAAGCAUGCAAGAAACAGUGCAAUGAUUUUGAUAAACCUCGUCAUACGCCUCGUAUCCUGGAGCGCAGAUUUGCGUUGACUGCUACAGGUUAUAAAUAUUUGGAUGUUGGAAUCAGCGUGGGACCGGUGUCUCAUGUGCAAAUCAUUCUUGCUGAUAAUCGAGGAAAUCAAUUAUUAUUGCCUCAUGCAACGUGGGCAGCGUUCAUCGAAAGACGUGAAGCUGUGGAACGAUUUUUACCGUCGAACAUCGCCUCAUCGCUGUCGAUUCGCGAGUUGGUGAUUGAGCGUGUUAAGAUGUACGAUGAAAACAUGGUAAAAUUAACAUUACACAGAAACUGCUUGUACAUGAAACCUCAAACUUUAUUAUUUCUAUUCGAAAUCGAAACAUGUGUAGACCUUGUAUAUUUCGAAUUAUGCCAGAAUACGCAUAGCGUAGGUGAAAAAUAUAAGACCUUCGUAAAUACUAUAAAAUCCAAUUGUAUUAUUGAUAGAUAGUAACUAGGGAAGGAUGAAUAAAGAGAAUCUUAAUCAUUUUAAAUGCUCUUAUUUCCCUCAUCAUCUCCUAUCGACAUCAGUUGUCCUUCGAGCUCUACAUUUAAGAACUUUGUCUGCAACGACAUUGCAUGGUUUGCAUUUUUUUACACGCGCGCGAUGAGAUCUUCGCGGUCAUAGCGUGCGUCUCCCCUCUCUCCGCAGACCCAGCUAGGGCGAGAGAGAGAACGACAGCGUCGACCGUAACAGGUAAUAAUAAGACAGUCACUGUCAACAGCCAGGUUUCAGCGCUUGACCUCGUGACUCAUAACAAGGAAAAAUAAGAAUACGCGUCCAGGUGUUCGCGCUAAUCAAAUCUGAUAUCUAUUACAUGCACGCGCCGCGGAUCGUCUCGCGCCUCCCCGCGCCGGGGAUCGCGUAGCGCCGCGGUCCUCCUCCCUGCACCGCGGAUUCAUUCACCUUGAUAUGAAAGUCGCUAUCAGCAGCCAGAUUUCGGCGCUUGACCCGUGACUCAUAACCUGGACAAUAAGAAUACGCGUCCAGGUGUUCGCGCUAAGGAUUCAUUCACCAUGAUAUGAAAGUCGCUAUCAGCAGCCAGGUUUCGGCGCUUGACCCGUGACUCAUAACAUGGACAAUAAGAAUACGCGUC